AUGGGCAGUCUAUUAAGUGUUUUUUCUGGCCUAUUUGGUAAUAAAGAACGACGUAUACUUAUUUUGGGUCUUGAUGGUGCAGGUAAAACAACAAUACUUUAUCGUCUUCAAGUCAGUGAAGUUGUGACAACUAUUCCAACGAUUGGUUUCAACGUUGAAACUGUACAGUAUAAAAAUUUAAAAUUUCAAGUUUGGGACCUUGGUGGUCAAACAUCCAUUCGUCCUUAUUGGCGUUGUUAUUAUUCAAAUACCGAUGCUAUUAUAUAUGUUGUUGAUUCCAUGGAUCGUGAUCGUAUAGGUAUAUCAAAACAUGAACUUAUUUCAAUGCUUGAAGAAGAUGAACUUAAAAAUGCUGUGUUAUGUGUAUUUGCUAAUAAACAAGAUCUUGAUGGUUGUAUGACUGUUAGUGACGUAGCUAAUUCACUUGGUUUAACAUCAUUAAAAAAUCGAAAAUAUCAAAUAUUUAAAACAUCAGCUAUUAAAGGUACUGGAUUAAAUGAAGCGAUGGAUUGGUUAGCAAAUUCAUUACAACAAAAAAAAUAA